CAUCCCCCAAACACACAUUCACAAUGGGUUUCACUGAUCUUGCCUCCGAAGCCGGCCUUACCCUUGCCAACAACUACCUGGCUACCAGGAGCUACAUUGUUGGCGAUGCUCCCUCCCAGGCCGAUGUCGUGACCUUCAAGGCCUUCUCCGGUGCCCCUGACGCCGAGAAGUACCCCCACGCUGCUCGCUGGUACAAGAACAUCGCCUCUUUCGAGGCUGAGCACGCCUCCCUCCCCGGCGAUGCCUCCAAGCCCUACACUGCCUACGGCCCUGAGUCCACUGAGCUGCCCACCAACCCCAAGGCUGCUAACGACGACGACGACAUGGACCUCUUCGGCUCCGAUGAUGAGGAGGAGGACCCGGAGGUCGUCAAGGAGCGUGAGGCUCGCCUUGCUGAGUACCGCAAGAAGAAGGAGUCCAAGCCCAAGCCCGUUGCCAAGUCCCUCGUGACUCUCGAGGUUAAGCCCUGGGAUGAUGAGACCAACCUUGAGGAGAUGGAGGCCAACGUCCGUGCCAUCGAGAUCGACGGUCUCGUCUGGGGUGCGUCCAAGUUCGUUACCGUUGGUUUCGGUAUCAAGAAGCUCCAGAUCAACCUUGUCGUCGAGGACGAGAAGGUCUCCCUCGACGAGCUCCAGGCUCAGAUCGAGGAGGACGAGGACCACGUCCAGUCCACCGAUGUUGCUGCCAUGCAGAAGCUGUAAGCGGAACGUUGUUUAAUGAUGAAGAUAAAUGGCGUGAUGAUGGAUUUUCUUAUGCUAUCCCACGGAAAUAUACUGUCAUGAACUUGAAUAACCCAAGCCGACUGGGGACACCCCUCGGCAUAACG